AGCUGCAACCUUCACAUUGUGGCAGAUCAUCUGUUUCAUAGGUAUUAUGGAGCAGGAAGUGUCACAAACACUGUAAAUAUGAUGUUACAGUUGAUAAAUGAUGCUGAUGCAGUGUUCCGAUCAACUGAUUUUGAUGGGGAUGGUCAAGGAGAUAACAUUGGCUUUAUUGUUGGGAAGGUGACUGUGUAUAGUCUCAAAGACAAAGACUACAUACUGAAUCGACCUAAAGUAACUUCUGACCAGUAUCUGAAACUUCUUUCUAAAUCUGAUUUUGGUGACGUCUGUUUGGGCGUAGCUUUCACUCGUCGCAAUAUGAAUGGUGUUGCUGGAACUGCCUUCCCAGGCUAUUCAGAUGAAACCAUGCCUGGGGGUAUUUGUCAGCCUAGAAUAAGGACAUAUUCUUACUACUCCAGCUUAAAUGCAGCUUUUAUAAACUUUUACGACCACAGCCAGAGCUCCCAUGAUCGUAUGGUAUUGGCUUUGGUACAUGAACUCGCCCAUAGUUUUGGAGCAAUGCAUGAUGAUUUGACUGAAUGCUUCUCUGGUGGAGAGUAUGGGAAUUAUAUCAUGUUCUCAAAAACCAACCCAGGAAAUCAGCCAAAUAACAGAAAGUUCUCAGUGUGCAGUAUUAGAAGCAUUCUUCCUGUUAUAAGGAAGAAAGGAUCCUGCUUUCUACAAGACAAUGUAGUGCCACAAUGUGGCAACAGCAUUCCAGAAGCUGGAGAAGAAUGUGAUUGCGGCUUAACCAUAAAUUGUAUGCUUAUUGACCCAUGCUGCACACCUGGUGAUGCAGAUACUGGUCCAGAUUUGCCUUGCAGAAUCAGAAGAUCAAACAAUAAACUAUGCUCACCAAAAAAGCAUGCUUGUUGUACCGAGAAUUGCACUUAUAUACCUUCAAGUGCCAAGCAUGAUUGUAAUAUAAUGGACGGCUGUGCUUUGUUAUCCAGGUGUGAUGGUAGAAGUGGUAACUGCCCCGUUAGCCAUCCAAAGCCUGAUGGUACAUUAUGUAACCUUGGCUUGGAUGUCUGCAAGGAAGGAAAAUGUUCGGUGGAAGUGUGCAAGUCCCUCAACUUAUCUACCUGCUUAUGCAUAAAGGAAUAUGACAAAUGCAAAGUGUGCUGCAAAGAACCCAAAAAUGGUACAUGUUUGCCAUUAUCUGACCUAGGAAUACGAUUUCCAGAUGGGUCCAUUAUCCAUCAUGACAUCGGAGCAUCAUGUAUAGAUGAAGGAUAUUGUGGUGUAACUCGUAUGUGUUUCCAAAAUAUUGAAGCAUCCAAGGGAGGCUCAAAGACGGUCUUUUUGGGAUUUUCAAGUGAAAAACAAUUUCGUAACCAUGCCAAAAACUAUUGGUUUUAUUAUAUAUUGGUGACAUUAUCAUUCUUCUUCGUA